UUUUUUUGAAUUUAUACAAAAACAUCGGAUUGGUGACGAUAUUAAAGAAUAUACAGUUAAUUUUUUCGCAACAAAAAUAUGGACCAGAAAAUACAUUGAGCUUAAAGGAAAGAAAAAUGAUGAAGAAAUGGAAAAAGCCCAAAAAGAACUUGCAAAAUAUUCGCAGAAAGUUAAGAAUGGAGAAACAAUUUUUUUAUUUAAACAAUGUUUUGAUUUAUACAAUUCUACUAUUGGGAAAAACAAACAGAAUACCGAAGCAAUUCAAGGAAAGGGAAAAAAUUUUGUUGACUUUCCAGGAAAAAAUCAAAAUGUUCCAUCGCUUCAACAUGGUAGUUUUUUAUAAAAGAAUUUUUUUAAAUAAAUAUUUAAGUUUUGG